GGAUUUUAGAACUUGGAUCUCCAAAAUUAAAAAUCUUCACAUCAUCAUCAAGAAGAAGAAGAUGAGCAAGAGGCAAGGUCCGCCAAAGCACCAAAACGGAUUCGCAUGGAAGCCAAACGCCGGCCGGAAAAUUAAUGAAACGGAAGUCGGAGGAAAGCUGAGACCGUUAUCGGAGAUAACCGGCGUUUGUCCUCGCUGUAAAGAACAGAUUGAUUGGAAGCGCCGUUACGGCAAGUACAAGUUUCUUUCUGAGCCUGCUAAAUGUCUGCGAUGCUCUAAACGCGCAGUUCGUCAAGCUUAUCAUAGUCUGUGUACUGCUUGUGCAAAGGAGCAAAAUGUGUGUGCUAAGUGUUGUCGCCACGUUGGUUCUAUAGUUGGGAGAGACUGUGUCGAAGUAGAAGCUGAGCAAAAGAUGCUUGAGGACGCCAUCAAGAAUGCUAGAGAGAGGGAUCGAAGGAGUCUCAUACGUGCUAUGAAUAAAGGAACAUCAAAGAGUUCUGAAAAAGCUGUGACCACUGAAGGAAAUAAGGUUGGAGAUUUGUUUCCCUCUGCAUCACUUGAAGAAUAUGCUGCAAAAAGCAGAGGACAUAAUAGUGAGCAUAAUGACCAUGUUGGUGAUGAAGGAGAGGAAGAAGAAGAAGAUGGUGAUGGUGAUGGUAAUGAAUAUAUUAUUGAUGAUGAUGGCGAUGAGAAUAGUGACAGUGAAGACGGAGAUAAAUCUGAAGAUGAAAAUGAGCAUGAAGGUGAUGUUGAAGCUGGAGAUAAAUCUGAAGAUAAAUGUUAAGUACAAAUGUGAAGAUUAACCCGGCAUGAUAGUUCCCAUUAGCUUAGUCUUUGGAUCUCUUACCAACGUGGACAUCAAGACAUGGAAUUGACGGAGUUGUUUUCGGUUUCUGUUGAUGUACAAGUACAACACAUAAUCUGCAUCAUGGCAGGUUUUAUGUUUUUGUUUUAUUGAAGUUUUUGUGUUCUUUUUCUCUCUUUUUUGUACACAUUUUUUUCCAAAGAUAAUAGUAACUGACAGUGAAUCUCUUGCACUGAUGUCCUGAAAGGGGAAGCACAUCUUGGCACCUAUUUGGUUAAUCUAUUGUUUAAAUUCUUUGCUAA